AUGAGCAGUCUGGAAUCAUUAAACUCGCUGGACUAUGUUCCACAAAAACUUACCGCAGAUUCGGAAGAGCGGUCCCCCAGAAGCCUGGACCUUGCUAGAACUAGAACAGAAACAGCUCAGUCACUUAAGGAGCUUGGUUUGAAUGAGGAGGUUCCCCAGCAAGACUUCAAUUUACCUCCUGUUGAGGAUCCCGUCUUUCCGGAAGAAUACACCCUCGAAACACCUACCGGUUUGGUUCCAGUGGAUAGGCUUCAAAGCAUCGGAAGAACCAAACUGAGAGCCAGCCAGUCUACAGCUAAGUCGGAACCCAAGGAGCUAGAUCCGGAGAUCGAGCUUUGGUUCUAUACCUUCAUCUACUCAUGGGCCGUCAUUUCUGCUGCUUACGGAUCAUCUUCUUUAGCUGGAGGUCUUGGCCUCAUCAGUGAAAAAUACCAUGUUUCUAACGAGGUUGCUGUGUUGACGGUGUCGUUGAUGGUGAUCGGGUUUCUUGUGGGUCCCUUGCUUUGGGCUCCGCUUUCUGAACAAAUCGGCAGACGUCCAGUGUACUUUAUCAGUUUUGCGCUCUACACAUUAUUCAAUGUCCCCGUGGCGCUUUCGCCUAACAUUGGCGGUGUUCUUGUAUGCCGUUUCCUUCUAGGCGUUUUUGCAUCUUCUGCCUUGACAAAUGUCGGUGCAUCUUUGGUAGAUAUGCACCUUGGAACCAGAGGUAUGGCUAUUGCUAUUUUCUCAUUCUGUCCAUACUCGGGCCCAGUAUUUGGUGGUAUUGUCAACGGCUUCAUUCUGGUCGACACGGGAAGAUACGAUUUGAUGGUUUGGGUGAAUAUGGCAUUUGCAGGCGUCAUGUGGAUCGCCAUGGCCUUUAUUCCUGAAACCUAUGCUCCGGUGAUUUUAAAGAAAAGGGCCCAGCGUCUCCGGAAAGAAACGGGAAACAACAGGAUCAUGACUGAACAGGAGGCCACUCCAAUGACUUUCUCAGAAAUGUUGAACAACAACUUGUACAGACCCAUCAAGUUCUGCUGGCAGGAACCGGUGCUUGUUCUUGUUUGUGCUUUUGUUGCGCUUAUUUACGCCUUGCUUUAUGCCUUUUUCUUUGCAUACCCGGUGAUUUUUGGCGAACUUUAUGGAUACAAGGACGACAAAAUCGGCCUCAUGUAUGUUCCUAUCUUGAUAGGUGCUAUUUUAGCCGUGGUGGUCACCCCGGCUUUGGAAAGAAGAUACUUGGCCAUGAGCAAAAGAAGAACCCCAACUCCUGAAGACAGGCUUGUGGGUGCCAUGAUUGGUUCUCCUUUCCCUUGCAUCGCUUUAUUCAUUUUGGGUGCCACCUCGUAUAAGCACAUCAUCUGGGUUGGUCCCGCAUCCUCAGGCAUUGCGUUUGGCUUUGGAAUGGUGUUGAUCUACUAUUCAUUGAACAACUACAUCAUCGACACCUACGCCAAGUACGCCGCAUCGGCUUUGGCGACAAAGGUGUUCUUGAGAAGCGCAGGCGGUGCCGCUUUCCCCUUAUUUAUCACCCAAAUGUACCACACUUUGGGCUUGCAGUGGGCUUCAUGGUUGCUUGCGUUCUUGUCGUUGGCCAUGAUAGUCGUGCCAUUCAGUUUUUAUAGAUUCGGUGGCUCGUUGAGGGCAAAGCUCUGCAAAGAGGAUUACUCCGCCCGUCUCGGUUAG